AUGUGGUUUGCUGAAGAAGUAAAACAGAAUUCAAAACACAGUGCCACUUCUGAGUUUAAGAAUACAUGGACUAAAUAUCCAAACAAUGAUGCCAAAUGUGAAUCUGUGCCAAUUACAGAAAAAAAUAAGAAGGAAAGAAAAUAUGGGCCAAGUUGCUUUGGUUAUCCACUCAGCAUUUUCUUCAUUGUCAUCAAUGAGUUCUGUGAAAGAUUCUCCUACUAUGGAAUGCGAGCUGUGCUUGUUCUGUACUUCAAAUAUUUUCUCCACUGGGAUGAUAACCUAUCUACAGCCAUCUACCACACAUUUGUUGCUCUGUGCUAUUUGACUCCAAUCCUUGGAGCAAUCAUUGCUGACUCCUGGCUGGGAAAGUUCAAGACCAUUAUCUCCUUGUCCAUUGUUUAUACCAUUGGACAGGCGAUCAUGGCAGUAAGUUCCAUAAAUGACAUGACAGACUAUAACAGGGAUGGAACUCCUGAUAACAUUCCAUUGCACAUUGGUCUGUCUAUGAUUGGCCUGAUCUUAAUUGCUUUUGGUACUGGCGGAAUCAAGCCCUGUGUAUCAGCAUUUGGUGGAGAUCAGUUUGAAGAGGAACAGGAAAAACAAAGAAAUAGAUUCUUCUCUCUGUUUUAUUUGUCUGUUAAUGCCGGAAGUCUCCUCUCUACUAUAAUCACUCCAAUUCUCAGAGGAGAAGAAUGUGGAAUUUACACCAAACAACAGUGUUACCCACUGGCCUUUGGAGUGCCUGCCGCACUCAUGGCUGUUUCAUUGAUGGUGUUCAUACUUGGAAGCAAAAUGUACAAGAAAGCUCAUCCUCAAGGCAAUAUAAUGCUCGAGGUUUCCAAAUGCGUUGCAUUUGCUGUCAAAAACAGAUUUCAGCAUCGCAGAAAACAGUUCCCCAAAAGAGAACACUGGCUGGACUGGGCUAGUGAAAAGUAUGAUAAACGACUUAUUACACAAACUAAGAUGGUCUUGAGGGUACUUUUCCUGUAUAUUCCUCUCCCCAUGUUCGGGGCACUUUUUGAUCAGCAGGGAUCAAGAUGGACAUUACAAGAAACAAUGGAUGGAAACUUUGGAGCUAUUCAGAUCCAGCCAGACCAGAUUGCAGGUACAAACCCGAUUCUGAUUGUUGUUAUGGUCCCCAUUGUAGACGCUGUGGUUUAUCCUUUAAUUAAAAAAUGCCACUUCAAUUUCACGCCCCUGAGGAAGAUUACAGUUGGUAUGUUUCUUGCAUCUCGCUUUGUUGCUGCUGCACUGGUACAAGUGCAAAUCGAUGUAGAAAACUCUCCAGACUUCCAAAAAGAAGGCCAAUCCCAAAUCAGUAUAAAUUUAGGCACUGAUGUUGCAAAAGUUGACUUUGGCCCUGGAGUUGAAAAUAUUUCUGUGGAAUCCCUGAUGGCGACAAACUAUAUGACAUUCGACACUACUAGCUUAACAGGAAUGAAUAUAGCCUAUGGAAAUCAAAUCUUAAAUCAGCCUCUUAAUUUUCUGGAAAAAGAACGUCAUACUCUUAUACUAAAAAAUACAGGUGGCAUCCAAACUGAAUUGCUGCUUGAUGGCCUUACAUCAAAGUCAGAAGAUGGAAAAAAUCAAAUCAGAUUUAUAAACAAUUUGGCUUCAACCAUCAACAUCACAAUGGGUAGUACUCAUCUUGAAGAUGUGAUGAAUUUUUCUGCCACCAAUUAUACAUCCUUUUCAAGAGGCGUAAAAGAGAUAGUUGUUGUUGGAGACAAUUCACUGACUUGCAAAAAUCAGUCAAUAUCAUUUGGAUAUGGCAGUGCAUACACUAUUGUAAUUCAAGGGUGUAACAACAACACACUAGCACUCAGAUAUGUUGAAGAUAUCCCGCCCAAUACAGUUCACAUGGCUUGGCAGAUCCCUCAAUACUUCAUUAUGACAUGUGGUGAAGUGGUCUUCUCUGUCACUGGACUGGCAUUUUCCUAUUCUCAGGCACCUUCCAACAUGAAAUCGGUGCUUCAGGCAGGCUGGCUGCUGACUGUGGCUGUUGGUAACAUCAUUGUUCUUAUUGUGGCUGGGGCAUCAAAACUCAGUGAGCAGUGGGCAGAAUAUGUGCUGUUUGCUGCUUUACUGUUGGCAGUUUGCAUUAUAUUUUCCAUCAUGGCUUAUUUUUACACCUAUGUGGAUCCAGUUGAGAUUGAAGCCCAACUUGAUGAGGAUGAAAAGAAGAAAAUGGAAAAUGAGAAAAGCACUUAUGAAAAUGGAACUGGGCCUAUCUCUCAGAGUGAGAUGUAA